CAUGCCCAAUCAGUGCUCACAUCGAAAGAAAAACUCUGUCAAACUGCAAUGUCCGAGGAUCUUGUUUCCUAUCUAGAAGGCCUCAAAAGUGGUGGAUGUUUCGGCUAUCGUCCGCGCAGGUGCUUGCGCAACGAAACAUUCUUCGCGGACUACCGCCGAAUUUGCAACAUGCAUGUUGUCGUCACUUGUCUAUAUUAUCUUCGGCUGUGGAAAACGCUGAAAAAGCAAUGAAAACCAUAAACCCAAUCCAGCGAAAAAGAUGGAAAUAUGGUAAAAAUAGCGAAGCCUGGCGAGCUGCAUUGAUUGCUGAUCUUGAAAAGGAGUUGAAAGCUGAAAAUAAACGACACAGUACUAUACAUACGAAUUGUGCACAACAGUCGCAGCUCAUUAGGUACGCUGUCCUAAAUGAUCUCCCUUCUGUCAUAUCAGUUAUUCAACAACGCGUUCGAACCUCCAACAGAAAACGAAGUGUAACCAGUGACGAUGAUCAGUUUAUCGCAGUGGGGCUGAUGGUUGUGCAUCGUAGCGUCGUUCGCACUAUGAAGAUUGAAGAGGAAAGAAAUUCUGCGGACAUCCUGGCGGCUUUUUUUGCGUAUUCAAAUAUGUGGGAACGGAUACAUUUCUUUGGAAACGACAUGAAAGUAGCUUCUCUCCUUCUUUAUGAUACUUUCGAUAGAUGGGCACGAUUGCGGAAUAAUGAUAAUUUUUCUGAUGAGAUUGAACAUCGCCUAAAUGCUCUGGAAAAUGACGUAGCACAGCUGGUGAAGCGCACGUCUAGUGAAUCGUUGCUUUGGCUCACAUCUUCUGAUAAACAACGACUCGCAGAGCUUCUACAACAGUAUAGUACAAAUUCUAAAGGGACCAGACGUCCACCAGAAGAGGAAGCCUCGUAUGAGAAUAAGCGCCUUCUGCAUUAUUUCCAAAAGCCUAUAUUAAAGGAAAGCUACCAUGGCAAUCAGUUUCAACUUUUCAAUACUAGCGAGGAAUCUUACAUGAAGAAGUUUCGUGAUCAUAUCGGUACAGAACGAGUCUCCUGGCUAUAUGCUGCAAAUUAUGUGCAGGCUGAGGAUGGACCACCUGCAAAGAAAUGCGCAGAAGAGCUCAUCGACUCUUGGGGAUGGUUUGCAGCCAUACGAAAUUCUCUUGAGCGACUUAGAUUGGAACGAAAGCAAAGUCCAUUGCGAUUGAUUGCUCAUGUGGUACCUCCCACGGAAAUGGCUAAAAUGAUCUUGGGAACUAUAAAGACCGUGUGUUCCCAGGGUCAACAUUUGAUACCACUCACAUCCUUCCAGUAUGACCUUGUUACACCAGUUCUGCGCUCCGUUAAUGCAAAGUUUAAUAAGAUACUUGAGAUUGAUGAAUCCAAUGUCUGGACUUCCGUAUUCCGCAGCUACAUCAGAAUAUUUUGUGAUGAAGAAAUUUCUCGACUCUACACUCACCGCGAAUGGUGGGUCAAGUGUUGCAGAGAUUUUGGUAUCCAUCCUUUGGCACAGGCACCUUUCGAAGACUUACAUUUUGAAGCAAAAAAUCAGUUGUCUACUUCACUCCAAGAAAUUAUCCUAAAGUCUUGCCAGUUUCCUGUCAAGAAUAAUCAUGGUGUCGAGCAUGCAGUAGAUGCAUUUUCGAUUCGUAAUGUAGCAAUCGAGGAAGAGUCUCGAAUCACCGAAGAUUCUCGCGUGACAUUGUCCAGAAUGUUGGCUAUCAAUACAAAGUUGAUUGAAUUGUUCGAUGAACAUCCAUUCCGAUACAUCGUAUUUCCCACGCAUCAACUUCCAAUGACGGUUCCUCCUCGACCAUGGUGUGAUGGAGGGCAAGGCGGCCCAGAGUACACCCGAUCUACUCCAGUCUUAAGAAACCUUGCCGAAUACAAACAUAUAGACAUAAACUCGCAGAUGCAAAGAAGACUGAAAUCUCCUGCCCAAGCUCGACCUGUGUUUGAUGCACUCAACCAGCUAGGUUCUACACCAUGGAUAAUAAACGAGCCUAUGCUAAACGUACUUUGUCAGAUUUUCGACAUGUCAUCGGACGUUUCCAAGAACAAGUUGCUCGACAUACUAUCAGUUCCUCUGAGAGCUGAUACUGUGAAAGUUCCUGAAUUCAAGGACUUCUCUGGUGGGGAUUGGCAGUCGAACGGCACAGACGGGCACCCAUAUGCAGGAUAUAUUACAAAAAAAGCAGAAGCCAUCAAGAAAAAAAACGAGCUGAACUCUCUUUGGUAUUGGAUGAAAUACCGGAUAGUGCUGGCGAAUCAUUUCCGCAAAAAAACGCUUUACUUUCCACAUAACAUGGAUUUCCGUGGACGAGUUUACCCGAUAUCACCAUAUCUAAGCCAUAUGGGAGAUGAUGUCAAUCGCUGUUUGCUGAAGUUUGCUAAAGGAAAGCCGCUAGGAGACCGCGGAUUCUACUGGUUGAAACUACACUGUAUUAAUCUCACAGGGAAGAUGAAAAGGAGCAGUAUCGCAGAUCGAUUGACAGAAGCAGAUCGAGCACUAGAUGAUAUGAUUGACUCAGCCAAUAAUCCACUUAGCGGUUGUGGAUGGUGGCUAAAAUCUGAAGAACCUUGGCAAACACUAGCUGCAUGCAUGGAAUUGCGUGACGCCCUCGCUUAUCCAGGAAAAUUAGAGGAUUUUGUCAGUCAUCUCGCCGUACAUCAAGAUGGAAGCUGCAAUGGUUUACAGCAUUACGCUGCUCUAGGGCGUGAUGAAGAAGGUGGACGGGAGGUUAAUCUUCUUAGUAGCCCUACACCCAAUGAUGUGUACUCGUCUGUGGCUGCUAGAGUGGAACAAAAGAGGGUGCAGGAUGAAAAGUCUGGUCCUGAUAUGGAGAUAGCUCGCCGUUUAAGAGAAGUAUUACCUCAGCCCGUACCGAGAAAGGUGAUCAAACAAACAGUGAUGACUACUGUAUAUGGUGUCACGCUUUAUGGAGCCGCACUGCAAAUAAAGCGUCAGUUGAAGGCGUUGGAUAUCGACAACGAAUUGACUGCAAGGUUUGCUCAGUAUCUAACGCAUAAGACGUUUGCAAGCUUGCAUGAUGCAUUUACAUGCUCUAUGAAGCUGAAGGAUUGGUUCAGAGACUGUGCUAAAGGUGUUUCCGAUCUGCUACAAACUAUGGAGUGGGUGACACCGCUUGGGCUGCCAGUGGUGCAGCCUUAUGUUAUUGCAAAGGAGAAGCAAGGCCGUAUAAUACAUGUGCCGGUUUCUACAAAGCAGGUGGGUGCCUUUCCUCCCAACUUGAUUCAUUCGUUAGACUCGUGUCACAUGAUGCUAACAUCACUGGAUUGCUCACGAAGAGGUAUAACCUUUGCUGCUGUGCACGACUGCUUUUGGACACAUGCUUGCUCUGUGGACGAAAUGAGUCGUGUAUGUCGCGAGCAGUUUGUUAGGUUACACAGCGAACCUAUAGUAGAACAGUAUUCCAAGUGGCUUCACUCGCAUUAUCUAGGACCAUGUGUAGAGCAAAUGCCUGCAGAAGACUUGGCUCACUUUAAGAAGUUGUUUACUCUUCACGUACAACCCGGAUCCUUAGAUAUCAACGAUGUUAGGGACUCUGUUUAUUUUUUUAGUUGAUCUCAUUGUUAGAUAUUUAGACUUAGCUCACAUUUAGGAAGACAAUUUUGAUCAUUGCCUGUGCAUAGGUAGAAGAACGAAUUCCGCCAGUUUGAAUCGCCUCCGCGGACUACUGGUCAUGCAAUGACAUGCAACAAUAUAGCAAAAGACCAGUUGCCAGCGAAGGCGGGCUCAAACUGACGGAGUUCGUUCUCUUACCCCCUGUGCAUCGCAGGUUCACCUGAUCCUGGGUCCUCAUAACGGAAAAGUAUCCAGUAUCUAUUCGGCAUUAUUUUUGGGGAUCAGCAUCUUUUAUAUAUCUCAUUAGCAGUGGCGUACCGAGGGAGGGGGGACGCGCGCCCCCUCCCCCCCCCCCCCCCCGAGAACGGGUCGCGA